GAGCAAGUGUGGUUUUAUAGAUAGAGCUAGAAGGUGGUUUCAUCUGUAGGAGGGCUUGAAGAAAGCAGAAAGGAGGCAGAUUGGGUGGCCCACACCUACAGUCCCAACAGGGGCGGAGGCAGGAUUGAGUUUUCAAGGCCAGCUUGAACUACACAGCAAGACCCUAUCUCUGAAAACCAACACAAACAAGAAACUGGGCUGACUGGGAAAUUUGGCUCUUAUUCUAAUCCUGAUUUUUAGGUCAGAUAAGCACUUUAGUUUCAGCUUGGUGACAUGGCACUUUACCUUGAGUGACUCCAUUGUGAUUUUUUUUGCCUAGUCUGUUGGGGCCUAGGAUAUGAGUCCAAACAAUGGCCUCCUGUGAUUCAUAUUCAAUAACACUCAAAGGUAACAAAAAGUUUGGUUCUUCAUCCCCUUCCAGGAUAGUCACAUAUUACGAGCAACACAAGGUCCAACUCCAUUAGUAAAGCCUCCUAAUUCCGGUGUUCAGGGAGGCGCAGAUGGGAAGAAGCGGUGGGUCCUGAGACUCCUCAGACUCUGGGUCAGGGAUAGAGCAAGGGCCUGGCAGGAUGGCACCGCCACAGGGAACGGGAACGAGGGCCAGACCUGGCUCAGGGCUGGCACGACUGAACGGUUGCGGUAGGAAACAAAGGCUGCUGGAAAACCUGCCUUAAAAGCCGAAAGCCCGUGCUCUAACUUUAUUCAGUUGAGCGGAUUCGCCGAUUUCCUUUUAAAGAACAGCGAGCUCAGGGGCCCCGCGCCUUGCCCGGCCAGCCCUGCGCGCUACGCGCUGAGCCCGCAGCCUGCGAAACUUCUGACUCCCGGCACCCGAGCUUCCUGCACCUCUUUCCUCCCACGCAGGUUUCCUGUUCCUUCGCCUUUCUGGAACGGCGGGCAAGCCAGCCGACCUUCCUCGCCCCAACACUUCCACAGGCCCGGCGGGGCUGGCAGCGCGGCGGCGCAGGGGUCACAGGGCGGAGGAGCGGCGCGGGGCGGGGUUCCCGGGGCGGAAGUGCGGCUGCGCGGUCCGAGGCCGCGCGGGGGACGCCGGAAGAGCGACUCACAGCCCCGCGUCCCUGGGCCCAGGCCUGGUAGGCGCCCACCUCCCGCGUCAUGGCGGCCGAGGAGGUGGUUCAGAUCCGCCUGGAGGGCCGCUGCUACCCGGUGAGCAAGAAGAAGCUGCUGGAGCAGAGCGACUACUUCCGCGCGCUCUACCGCUCCGGCAUGCGCGAGGCGCGGGGCGCCGAGGCCGGGGGUCCCGAGGUGCAGCAGCUGCGCGGCCUGAGCGCGCCCGGCCUGCGCCUGGUGCUGGACUUCAUCGACGGCGGCGGGGCGCGCGAGGGCGGGCUGCUGGGCGCGGCACCGGGCGACGAGGACGCGGACGAGGCGGGCCUGCUGUCCGGCCUAGUGGAGGCCGCCUCCUUCCUGCAGGUCACGGCGCUGUUGCGGCUGCUGCUGUCCCAGGUGCGGCUCGGUAACUGCCUGGAGCUGCACCGCCUGGCGCAGGUGCACGGGCUGCCCGACCUGCAGGAGGCCUGCCUGCACUUCAUGGGCGCCCACUUCCACCAGGUGCUGCGCCAGCCCCACUUCCCGCUCCUGGCGACGGGGGACCCCGGCCUGCAGCAGAGGCUGAGGGAGGCCCGCAUGACGGGGACACCGGUCCUCGUGGCUCUGGGGGACUUUCUGGGGGGGCCGCUGGCGCCUCAUCCCUACCAGGGGGAGCCCCCGUCCAUGCUCAGGUACGACGAGACGACGGAGCGCUGGUUCCCGCUGGCCAGCAACCUUCCCCCGGACCUGGUGAACGUCAGGGGCUACGGGGCCGCGGUCCUGGACAAUUACCUCUUCAUCGUGGGCGGGUACAGGAUCAGCAGCCAGGAGAUCUCUGCCGCUCACUCCUACAACCCCAGCACUAAUGAAUGGCUCCAGGUGGCCUCCAUGAACCAGAAGAGGUCUAACUUCAAACUCGUGGCUGUUAAUUCCAAACUCUACGCCAUUGGCGGGCAGGCUGUUUCUAAUGUUGAGUGUUACAGUCCCGAGCAGGAUUCGUGGAAUUUUGUGGCACCAUUACCAAAUCCCCUGGCCGAGUUCUCUGCGUGUGAGUGUAAGGGGCGGAUCUACGUCAUUGGAGGCUACACCACUCGAGAGCGAAACAUGCACAUUUUGCAGUACUGCCCCUCCUCCGACGUCUGGAUGCGCUUUGAAACGUGUGACGUCCACAUUCGGAAGCAGCAGAUGGUGUCAGUGGAGGAGACCAUCUACAUUGUGGGCGGGUGUCUCCACGAACUGGGGUCUAACCGCAGAAGCAGCCAGAGUGAGGACAUGCUCACUGUGCAGUCCUACAACGUUGUCACUCGGCAGUGGCUCUACCUCAAGGAGAACACUUCCAAAUCGGGCCUCAACCUGACCUGUGCGCUCCAUAACGAUGGUAUCUACAUCAUGAGCAGAGAUGUCACGCUCUCGACCAGCUUGGAACAUCGCGUUUUCCUUAAGUACAACAUCUUUUCGGACAGCUGGGAAGCGUUUCGGCGUUUCCCAGCCUUUGGACAUAACUUGCUGGUUUCCUCUCUUUAUCUGCCCAAUAAGGCAGAAACAUGACUGAAUUGACAUAGCACUUUUUAAAAGCCUCGUUCAAAACGUAUACACACAUGCACACCACAUGCAUACAGAAGGGAGACACUGAUUUCUAAGGGAAAUGUGUGUUAAAGUAGUCACAUGCCAGUAACAGCUGUAAAUAAGCUUACUCGAACCAAUUACUUGAAAGUUGUGAAAAAAAGAGACCAACUUUAUUAUAUUUUAAAUUACUGGUUUUUAAAUUAUGGGAACAAAUCCGUGAUAUGUUUUCAUCAAAACAUGGUAGUAGAGUCAGUGACUGAAAUAGAUCAUUAAAAACUAGAUUCAUUGUGUCUGCUUGGUAAGGAGCUAACUGAGAUGAAUGGUGAACACAGUUUUUAAACCUGAUUUAUUUAGGUUACUUGAAAUAACCGUAAUAUUUUAAGUGAGAGAUACUCCUUUCUGUUUAUCAUUUCAUGUCGUUUUGUGUCAAACAUUCAUAUUGCCAUUUCUCCGUCCCCUGGUGAAACCCGCAGAUACUUCCAGCGUGUAUAUAAGAGGGUCAUGUGCUCAAGACAUUUUAUUCAUGCACUGCUUUUCAGGAAACCCAUAAUAAUGAAAUGUUAAAGUGGAUCCUGGAAUGCAUUCAUUCCCACCACAACUUACGUGAAUUCAUUCCCAGCUAUUUUUCCAGUUUUUUCCUAGUUAUAGAUGCUGAAUAAGUGGACUGAUAAAAUUUCUUAAUUCACACGUGGCAAAUUGCAGAUCUAUGUUGGUCACAAAAAAAUUGCACUGCCAGGCAUUCUGUGUUUUAAAGAAAGAGCAUAAAAGAAUGGGUAGGAACAUACAUUUUUAAACUUGAGUCUUAAGUGAAAAGGAAAGGAAGUACGUAUAAAAAAGUUUGCCUUUUCAAGUUCCUUUAUUGACUGUUUAACUUAGUUCUUGCUUAAAGUUUGAAACAAAACUUUAUCAUGUUUAAAUUGGAUGCUAGCUUUGUAAUUCAUGUUUUGCUUUUGUGGGGUAAAAUGAGGAUGGCUUGAAGCAUUUGUGCUGGAAAGGAGGGAAGAAGUUCUACAUGUGGACCGCUCUGGUGGUAUUCCUGAAGUUAGGAAGGGUGCUGACUGCGCUGGUGGGGAGCACAUGCCAUGCACACAGCACUAUUAGUGAGCAGCUCAAGCAAUUCCACUAAGCCAGUUAACAGUGAGUAAAAUGUCUGCCAAUCACAGAUUGGUGAUUUGUAGAAACACAUACCUAGGCUGAGGGUGUAGGUUGGUGGUAGAGCACAUGCAUGUAGGAGGGACUGGGUUCAAUCCCCAGCACUAAAAAACAAAACAACUUAGAAAAUUUUUAUUUUAAUUAAAAAACACUUUUUGAGAGUAUCUGAUAUUUUGUAAUAGAGACUGGUGAACUGCAAGCCAAAGUCCCUUUUUUUUUUUUUUAAAAGACAGGGUCUUGCUGUAGUUCAGGCUGGCCUUGAACU